AUGGCCCGUCAAAGGAACGACAACAAACUCGCCUUGCUGCAAAGCUCAGUCCGCACGCUGCAACUCGUGCAACGCGUCUCGGCCGGCAUCUUCUCGACGUUCCUGAUCGUCCACCUCUCCGCCCCCUUGAUCGCGGCCAUCACCAUCACGGGCGAUGCCGAACAGCAAGCCUCGGGUUGCAUGCUCGUCGGACGUGAGUGGUACCAGGGAGGAGGAUACAAGAAGGAAGGCGUCAUUGUCUGGUCCAGCGCGACCGUACACGUCCUCUCGGGCGUAGCUGCUAGGGCGGCCAAGAAUGCCGAGAGGAAGGAGAGGAGAAAGAAGAGGAAGGCCGAGGUCAAACUGGCUGCACAAAGAUACCAAGGUGAGCAGGUUCAAGCCAAUUUUGACGCGCACUUACUCAGCCUUGCUAUCUUUGAUUUGGAAUCACAGCCCUCGGCGUGGACAGCCACGUUCCGACGAUUGCUUCAUCCUCGGCAACCACGACUGACAACUUUGACCCUGAUCGGCUGGAUGACGAGGACGUCGAAGUCGACGUGUCUACAACCGGAAAGGAGCGAGCUGAGACGGCUGCGAUCCCCGUAUCGUCGGCUCCUCUGGCCCCUCAGCACCGAGCAGGCUACCUGCUUAUCCCGUUUGCGAUUCACCACUCGAUUUUGCAUCGUAUCCUUCCCCUCAAGCACAACCUCACUCCUUUCUUUUCUUAUUCGUUCGUCGGCUACUCGUUGUCGCAAUCGGCGCCACUACUUCGAGCGAUCUCGGUGGUUGGCUACGUCGGAGUCGCGGGCUUAGGGGUGUACCACGCUCUGGCCGGGAUUAGGGUUAUGGCGGACCCGACGGCGCCGGGAUCGUUGCAACCACGGUCCCGCGCACGAUCUGAUCCAGAAGAUGGGGAAGGCUUGGCUGUGGCUCAACCGGGUAGGAGAGCGUGGCAAGUCGCAUACGUCGCGAUCGUCACGACGGUCGGGGCGGGGGUGGCUCGGAUCGCCCUUUCAACGAAUGGGGCGGGCAAGGUGCCUGUAUGGUUGAUGGGCAAGUACGACCGAGUGCUGCGACAAGGUGCUGGCAUGUAG